AUGAAUGAACUGCCGGAUGACGUUUGGUUUCAAAUCUUCAGCUUGUGUGACUUUCCAACGUUAGUUAGAUUACGACAAGUGAAUAGAAGGUUCUAUGACAUUACGAAUUAUUUAUUAUAUUUCAAGAGGAAACUUGUCAUAGACUACUCCGGUGAAAUCAACAGAAAGACGGAAAAGAUCAGAGUGAACGAUGCCGAUAUUCUCCUCCAAUUCCUCAGUAAAUUCACCAAUAAUCUCACAGAAAUAACAAUAGGAAUGAUUCCCAUCCGUAUCACCAUGGCAAGCCUAAUCCAAUUAGCGAGCGCCCAUCCAAAAUUAGAAACUUUGAAGUUUGAACAAGUGAAAGAGCUGCCGAUCAUUGAGAAAGACUCUCUCUAUGCAUUACCGUAUUUCAAGAAGUUAAAGCAUCUCAAAUUGAAAGGAUGGCAUACGGUUGACCCUAAAGUUAGACGAGUUUUGGGGUGUGCACAUCGAACUGACAUGCUUCCUUUCCGUGGAUUAAUUCCCUUGCAAACUCUGAUAAUCGAAUGCCAGAAAGACACGGUUGCCAAUGUUCUACAAGAAAUGCGAAGAAAUCUUGUUUUUCUCUCCAAUCUCAAACAUAUCGAGUUGCUCACUCAUCUCUCUCAUGUAGAUUUACCAGGCUUAUUGGCUUGGUUCUUGCAAUCACACUGUAUGCUAGAAAAAAUUUAUAUUUCCGGGUUCCUCUUUGCAUCUGAAGCUCAAGUCCAACGACUGUAUAGAAGUAUUCUUUCAUUGCCACAACUACAAGUUGUAUAUCUGAACAAUUGCAAAGCAAUUGCUGCCCUGGAUAAAUCCAUAGGAUAUCAAUAUUUAUCAGAAGCUUUCAAAUUGCGGAUCGGAGCAGAAGGAACUGUAACCAGUUUACGUUUCGUGCCGGAAGAAAGCCCAUAA